AUGAACGUAUCUCCGGACAUGCGUCUGUCCUGGCUUCAACGAUGGCAGUCCAUGGAUGAAGAUGGCUCCAACCUUCUAGACUACCCCGAGUUUCUGCAGGCGUGCGAGCUCCGCGAUAACAUGUGGAGCUGGCGGAUGUUCAACCUCCUCGACAAGAACUUUGUAGAAGUGGCAUUCCGGAUGUGCAGCCGCAGAGGAUCCACCUGGGACCCGGAUAAGUCGGUCUUAGACGAGAAAGACAUCCGACUGUUCGUCGAAGAGCGGAUACUUCACCAUCUCUACAACGAAGGCUUAAAGGACGGUCCUACAAGCGCCCGGGCUCGCUGGGCACGAUCAAUGAGCCCAGCGGAGCUCUCCUCUCCCGUGAAAAUCGCCAGCAAGCGCGAGACUAAACACCUUGCGGAGAGUGCGCGCGACAUCUCCCAAAGCGGAGGCGCUAUUCGGGAGCUGUCGGCCCGAAAGAUGGCGGACACGCGGGACUGGCUCAAAGUUGAGUCUGAAAUGCUGACCGAAGCAGCCAAGGGUGCGGCCAGGGACUUGGAGAAGUUCGGGAGGCUCAAAGCAACUGUUACCGUUGCUGUUGCGGUCAAUCGGAUGCGGGCCCUGGCUGAAGCGGCGAGACAGCGACCGGACGGCGAGACUGCCCGGAACACCGGCAAGCGGGUGGGCGAGGCUGCCAAGGUCGGUGGCGAAAAGGCCCUCUCAGCUCUCAGGCGGUCCUUCGUCGCCAUCACCGCCGCGAGAUACUUCAGCGAGGCCGGCCCAGACCCUGCACGAGGAGAACUGCGACGGCACGAUCAGCAACGCCCUACCAGUGCCAACCUGGAGGGCGGUGACCCAAACGUUGCCGACAGUGGAGACGGGAUGCUGCUUGGUGAAGACGAGGAUAGCGAGGAUUCACAGCGAGCUAGAGAGGAUUUCGAGAGCGAGGUGCCGGCGACGGCGGUAGAAAAACCCUGGGAUAUCCUGACCGAUGCUAAAGCUAAGGCGGAGGUGAAAAUGUUCCAGGAGCGACACUGGGCAGUAACGGAGAAGUUUUACGCAAACCUUGUCACUGCGUCGGAGAGACUCGAAGAGAAAAGAACCAAGGAGAAAGGAUACGACUUCUCGGCGGACUUCCCGAAACUAUGGUGCGCGGCUAACAUGCGUGGCAGCCAAGGAGAAAGAGAGAUCCAGUACCGACGGAAGCGGCGAUCAAGCGCGUCGAAAAAGGCGGCGAAUGUGUAUUUACGUUUCAUUACGUUGUGGCAGGUGGCCGGCGAUGACAGCGGCCGCUCGAAGCUCGCAAAGGCUUUCAACCGAUGGCGGCUGAACACCUGCGACGCCGCCGUGGACGACCUGAGCGGUAGCUUGUCAACGCUGAGUAGAGGUGGCACGGCGGCAUCAGAAGAGAGUUCCACGUACGCCCCCCGGCACAUACCGAGCCUCAAGGAGAUGUGGGAAUCUGCUGCUGCUGCUGGAGAGGGCGAGGGCACCCAUGUGCACGCCAUUAUCAUGAGGAAGGCUCAAGCCGAUCGACCUCUUCCACGCGAGCUGUGCGAGGCGUACGAGCGGGAGAUGGUCGAGAGGAUCGACCGUCGCCAGGCGGAGAACAACGUCCCCAUCGUCCCCAUGCCCAUUUGCUAACUAGUGUCGAUGAUCGGUCACGGUAUAGGAUUGUAGUAGUGACAUGGUCUGCAGUACCUGUGAGUUUGCUGUCCUUCCUCUGGAUAGAGUCAGAAGUAUACAAGGUAACCGCCUGGUAUGGUUGGGUCUGAGUGGAUGUCGCUACCGUUACCUCUGGGGCCGCUUCCGGCUGUUGCGCUGCGCAGGCCUGGAAGAACAGUAUGCGUUUGUCACGAAAGCUGGUUUCACCUUUUUGGGGGUAAACAUUCAGCACUGCUCUUGCCACACAACUUUGCCAUCAGAUGCUUCAGCCGCAAAUACCGCACCCCCAAACUUCUGCCACACAACUUCCGAAAUCGGCUGUGGUGGAACCUUUUCCGAAGCGAUAAUGAUGGCACUUGGUUGACGACAUCCUGCACGUACAUCGCUUGCAGGGAAUUGGCGGUGAUAGGAAGGUUGCAAUCCUCCCCAAAAUUCAUUUCACAUCCAAAGCAGCCGCAUAGAUCGAUUUUCAAGCUCGAUUGCUGCAAAAUUAUAGCGAAAACCAAGUGAGCAGCUAGGAAAUAUUGCGCCUUGGAGCACCGCGAAGUCGACAGGAACGAGUUGUAUGGUGAACCCAUGAGGUUGACAGCCAAACAACAAAUUUCGACUUCUGUAGAAGCAACACGCAUGAAUCCCGCCCAUGCGUAGGCGGGCAAUGCCCUAUUUUAAUCGAAAACACUGCACCGCAAACACAAACUAACUAGUAUUUCGAUAUCUUUGCAUAUGCGAUCCCGGUGUAGCUCGGCGCUCUCAACAAGCUAGCUUGGCUCAACCUGUCGAACAACCAGCUCAGCGGUGAGAGACGAUGUUUAUAUUUGGAUAUUUACUGGAGUACCCUGUUUUUGAUUCUGGAGAAAAUGCGUGUGUCCCACGCACACAUCCAAAAGCUCCAGAAAGAAAAAAGUACCCCAGUUUAUAUCCAAAUCUAUCCAUCGUCUCUCACCGCUGGUUGUUUGACAGGUUGAGCCAGGUUCGCUUGUUGAGAGCGCUUAGCUGCACCAGGAUCGAAAGUGCAAAAUGUCGAAAAACUGUACCAGUUAGUUUGUGUGCUUGCGGUGCAGUGUUGUUGAUUCCGGAACAUUCGUCCCGCCUACGCCAUUAAAGGGACACAUGCGUCUAAAAUUUCUACUGAUAGGUACCAAGUACAAUAUUCCAUUCAUCUUUGGGCGAGAUAUUCCACACCCACCCUUCUCGGCAUUGCUAACCUCUUGUUCGUGGAGCAAUCGAGGCAUUUCGGAUUAGGGGAUGUGCCAUGUCUGGCACUACUACCGUUUUCCUGGCAAGCUCCACUCACCCCGAUUCCCAUGUUGUAGGACACACAACUUCAAGUCACUAAAAAAGUUAUUUCGUUAUUUCGAUUCCCUGCCCCCGCUGUCCAUAUUUACACCCGAGAGGAACCCGCCGGCCCGAUUUGAUCUCCCCCCCCCCCCCAUUUCUUGCCUGAGACUCCUCACUCUUGCAUAGGCUAUGCACGCCCGCCCCAAACUUCUCCCGAAAAAUACGGACCAAAGAAAAUUACGACCUUACCCACCAUUCGUGCUACUAAAACGGGCAAAAACUCUCGGACCGUUCUUCAGCUUUGCUCUAUCGUCAUCGUCAGCCAAUAGCCGCCACUCCACAGUUUCUGCCUACCUUCCGCGUUCGGGUAACUCGUAGGCCUGUUUGUCUUCGUUGUUACCGCGAGAACGUUUCACCAGGUCCCGGUUCAGCGCAGGCACGAAACAACCCGCCCUACUUCCAGGUACGCAGGGCCGAAUGAACACUCGCCGCCGAGACGCAAACCGCCAACCUAGGUAGCCGCCGCUAGAAUGCUCAUGCGGUAGACCACUAGGUGACUGGCCCACCAAAGCGGUGCGUGCUCGAACUAUAUAACGUUCCCCCCGAGGACUCAAACGCAGUAGCCGAGUGCAUCGAGAGGCCGCCCCCUCAACCACUACAGAUGCUUCAGGGAAGGCGUGUGCCAAGAGG